AUGCUGCCUCCCAGACUCCUGUCUGCUGCCGACUCUGAGAAGUUCCGGGCGCCGGGUCUCUGGGAGCUGUCCCGCGCCUGGACUGAGGAACCGCAUGCUGCCGUGGGAGGAGGCGCCCCUGACUCUGCAUUCUCUCGUCAGAGGUUUCGGAAUCUCCUGUACGUGGGGUUUGUCGGGCCUCGGAAGACCCUGGUCCAGCUGCGGAACCUUUGCCGCGACUGGCUGCAGCCGCAGACGCGCUCCAAGGAGGAGAUCGUGGAGCUCCUGGUGCUGGAGCAGUACCUGAGCAUCCUUCCCGAGAGGGUCAAGCCCUGGGUGCGGGCCCGAGAGCCCGGCAGCUGUGAGAAGCUUGUCACGCUCUUGGAGAGCUACCAGGAGACAUCCGAACAGGAAGACGAGGACAUCCCCAGUGAUGACGACUUGAGCCGGACCGCCGCGGAGUCCCCACCCCCACGCUCAGAGCCCUCCUUCUGUGGACGUUCUCAGCACGACCUCUCCCUCCCGCUGAUGGAGACCACCUUUGGUAUGGACGCGGACGAUGGCAGUGACAGGGACUCGGUAAUGGACUUCACCGCCAGCACCCAGGAUGUGGAGUCCUGUCAGGACGUGGUGGGCCUCACUGAGGACGGGAAGCCUCCAAACCCGAUCCGGGACAACAUGGAGAACUACAGGGAGCUGCUGUCCCUGGGGGUCCGGCUUGCCGAGGACGACAGACACACCCAUCUGACACAGGGCCACUCAUCAAGGUCCAAGAGAAGUGCCCACCCAAGCCCCAGUCGAGGUUUGAGAACCAUGCCUGAGGCUAAGAGGCCAAGCCGUCGGCGGGGCAUAUGUGGAGAUGUGGCCUCCCAUGGACUGAUCAUGGAGAAGUUCAUCAGGGAUGUCUCGUGCAGCUCCGAGUCGGAAAGGGCUAGGGACACCAGCGACCAGCCUCCGAGGUUCCCCAGGAUGACCACUGGCUGGACAGACGUCUCCCUCAGCCAGAGGGAAUCGGUAAUUCAGGAGCGGGGCUGCGAGGGGCGCGUGCUUGGGGGAGGCGUCAACCCCAGCUGUGACCUCACGUCCAGAAAGCAAGCCCUCAGAAGAAAGAGACGCUAUCAGUCAGACGCAGGGAAGGGCUUGGCUCACAAUCAGAGAGGCUGUGUGAGAAAGAAGUCCUGGGAGCGCAGCAAGAGCAGGCGAGUGGCGGGGAAGAGCGGCCUCAGCCUGCAGUCCCCCGCCGUGUGGCCUCUGGCUGCCUUGGGGGCCGCGCCGUACGUGUGUGAUGAGUGCGCACGGCCCUUCAGCGUGAUUUCCGAGUUCGUGGAGCACCAGAUCAUGCACACGCGGGAGAGUCUGUACGAGUACGGCGAGUCCUUCAUCCACAGUGUAGCCGUUAGUGAGGUUCAGAGAGGCCGGGCCCAGGGCAGGCGCCCCGAGUGCAAGGCGUCGGGGGAGGCUCUCAGGGCGAGUGCCCCUCUAGCCGAGCGCCGCAGAGGCCAUGUGAGAGACCAUCUCACGGACACUCAGGAUCAGGAGUUCCAGGAGGCCUUCCUGCCCAGCCCGACCUUUAAUGAGCUCCAGAAAAUGUACAGUAAAGAGAAGUUCUACGAGUGUCGGGUGUGCAAGGAGACCUUCCUGCACAGCUCUGCCCUGGUCGACCACCAGAACACCCACGGGAGUGACAGCACAGACCACGACCACCCCAGCUCAGCCCUUCGUGUGUUUCAGAAAGUGUGCGGUAAAGGGAGAGCGUGUGCGGAGACUGGCCUGCACGGCUCUCCCCUGGUUGAGCACCAGAACACUCGUGUGACAGGAACUCUAUUUGAGAAUCAGGGUGGAGUGUGUAAGACCACCUUUCUUCCCGGCCAGUCCUUUCACAGGCAGCAGAAAGCUCACACUCAGGAGCAGUUCCAUGAAUUUAAGGAUAGUGGGAAUGCUUCUACCCCAAGCUCAGGCCUCAGCGAGCGCCUGUGGAUCCGCUCUCGAAAGAAUCUCUGUGAGGGCAGGGGAUUCGUGAGCUCUGUCAUUCAUAGUGCACCCUGUUCUGAGCCCCAGAAAAGUCACACCAUAACGAGGCCCUCUGCCAGUGAGGAGGUGCAGAGGGCACUGACCAUUAGCACCAGCCCCGAGGAGCAGCGGCAGAGGUGCCCCGCUAAAGAGAGCGUCUGGGAAGGGAGCCGGUGCGAGGGAUCCGUUAUUCACAGGUUGGCCUUUACUGACCCCCAGAAAAGCCACAGUGCUGCAGAGCUCAGUCCGCCGACGGUGACAGCCCAGUCUCCCGUCCAGAGCGUGGAGGCCAUCGCGUGCCCGAGAGCCCAUGCCGGCGAGAGCGCCUGUGAUGUGAAGGUGUGUGGGAGGUCUGUCAUCCAGAGCCGAGCCGCUGCCGAGACUCCCAGACGUCACACUGGGGACGGACCUGCCACCUGCAAUGACGGGGGGGAGCCCUCUGUUCAUAUCUCAGACCCUGCCGAGCGGCAGCUGGUGCAGGCCAGAGGGAGCCCUUUUGAAGAGGCCAAGUAUAACAAAUACACUGUCAUACACAGCGUGUCCUACGCCAGACCUCCAAGGCUUCCUGCUGGAGAGGGGCCCAGUGAGCUAAAGAAGAAGGGUGACCCCACUCCCCCUGAUUCCCAGGUCCGCGAGUAUCACAAGGCCCGUGAGAAAAAGAAGUACAUUGAAUGCAGGGACACGGCGACCUCUGUGAUCCAUUCCCCCGUUUUUGGGGAACCACAGGACAACGGGACUCGAGAGAGUGUCUCUAAGUACAGGGAGCGAGGGGUGUCCUUCACUCACAACUCCGACCUCAGUGAACACCAGAAUGUUCGUGGCUGGGAGGAGCCCUCCGGAAGCAAGGCCUACGAGAGGUCAGUCAUCCGCAGCCUGGCCCUGGUGGGCACCCAGACCAGCCCUGCUGAGGAGGGCGAGCGCCAUGAGUGCAGGCAGUGUGGGAAGUGCUUCGCCACCAGCGAUGCCCUCAGCCGCCAUCAAAAGAUCUAUGGCCGGGAGCGGGUCCACAGCAGGAUGCCCUUCGGAAGCUCUGUCAUUCGGGGCGUCGGCCUUGAUGCACCUCAGGAGAACGAGGUGGAUGACACCAUCUAUGAGUGCAAGGACUGUGGGCUGGGCUUUGCCAACUGGAGCGACCUUGGGGAUCAUCGGCAAGUUCAUGGCCGGGAGUGUCUCAUAGACAGCCGCGUGUGCGGGCCUUCGGUGAUCCAGACCUGUUCCUUUGGUAACUCUCAGCAAAGUGGCUCUGGAGACAAGCUCUACGAGUGCCUGCAAUGCGGGCAGUCUUUUGUCAGUGACAUGUUCCUUUUUGAGCACCAGAAGCUGCACGAGAGGGAGCCGUUCUUCUUCAGCAGGCAGGACAACGAGGCUUGGAUGCGACGUCUGACACUUCCCACGCAGAGGGGACGGCGGUCCUCAAGGAAGGGGCCGUCCAGCUUGAAAACCCUCCGGUGCCAGGUGUGUGGACAGGAUUUCAUCCACAUCUCUGUCCUUCACGAGCACAUGAAGAUUCACACUGGAGAGGAUGUGCUGGACAGGGGCAAGGUAUGCGAGGACACGAUUGUCCCAGGCCUCACUCUCACCGAGUUCCAGAGAAGUCAAACUGAAGAAAAGAGCUAUGCAUGUGAGACAUGUGGAGAGUCCUUCCUCAGACACCCAGACCUCAGGGAUCACAUGAGGGUCCAUGAGAAAGACAGGCCCUUUGACUACGGGGCCAUGUUUGUCCAUACCUCAUUCGGUUCGGAGCUUCCCAACCCAGACUCACCCUUCUACGAGUGUAAGGACUGUGGGAAGUCCUUCAUUCAUAGUACGAUCCUAGUGAAACACCAGCAGCUCCACCUGGAAGAGGCAGCCCAGGAGGCCGAAGCUAACGUCGUCAUCCCCCAAGAAGUGCUACGGAUUCAGGGGUCCAGGGUGGAAGCUGCCGAGCCCGAAGGGGAGGCCACCGAGCCCAACGGGGAGGCUGAGAGGCUCAACAGAGAGGCCACUGAGUGCAGUGGGGAGGCUGAGAGGCUCGACAGAGAGGCCACCGAGUGCAGUGGGGAGGCCACACGGCCCAGUGGAGAUGCCGAGGAGCCCGACGGUGCGGGGACCGAAGACCCAGAGGAGCGAGCCGAGGGGCCCGAGGGAGACGCCGAGGAGCCUGUCGACACGGAGACCGAAGCCCUGGAAGAGGAGGGCAGAGACCAGGAGAUCCAGGUCGAAGAACCGUACUGCGACUGCCAGGCCUGCGCCAAAACCCUUAUUUCAGAGUCGGCCUGCAGGGAGUAUCUGAAGAGCCGUGCCCGAGUGAUCAUGUAUAAGCCAGGACGCGUCUAUGGCGAGAGCUCGCGUUACACCCAGCACGCCAGUGCCGGCAAUAGGCCCAACAAGAAGUACUUCAGAUGUGGCAUCUGCGGGCAGCUCUUCAGCGACCGCCUAUCCCUGGCCCGACACCAGAAUUCCCACAACGGCUGA